UUUGCUUUCAUUACGGUCUACUCUGCUGGAGGAACGUGACGGAGCUGGGUGGUCACACCGUAGCAGCGACCUCUUCUAUUUUUUUUAGGGAGAAUAACAACCAACAGUCUUGUACCGUCCCGGAACACGAAGUACUCUGUGAAUUUUCCCCGGCUCGACAAAUAAAUGCUGAGCAUAGGCAUCCGAGAAAUAAAACACGCGAAAGACAAGGACCGUUUUGCGAACGGAAACAAAAGCGCAUUGGCCAUACAGCAUCGAGAUCAAUGCAUACCCUCUGUGCUCGAGCAACGAUGAAACCAGAGAUAAACGCCGCCGUCGGAUUUCUGUCGCGAUUUCUGCGGAUUAAAGGACAUGUAAACGACAGACAGCUCCAGUCGUUCAGCCAAACCCUACAGGAUAUCCUGACAGAGCAAUACCAUCACCACUGGUUCCCAGACCGUCCCAACAAGGGUUCUGGUUACCGCUGCAUACGUAUCAACCACAAGAUGGACCCUCUGGUUGGGAAGGCCGGUCAACGCAUUGGUCUGAGCAUCCAGCAACUCUACCUGCUGCUUCCCAGCGAGCUCACAUUGUGGGUUGACCCCUUUGAGGUGUCCUACCGCAUCGGAGAGGACGGAUCCAUCUGUGUGCUCUACGAGUCCAAUCCCAGCGCCAAUGGAAACGGCAUCGUCACCACUGGAAACAGCAACCUGACCUCCUCCGUCACCCAGGUAUCCCCAAUGGUGGACAGUCACAUCAGCUGCAAGGAGGAACUUCUGAUGGGUCGAGCCAGUCCCGCUAAACCCUACAUGAUGACUGUGUCCAGCUAAGCAGGCCACGGCAGUCAUUUUUAAGAUAAUAUGAAAUAAAAAAGAAAAAGCUGAAGAAGAAAAAAAACAGGAUGAGUCCUAUCGUCCAGGUGAUGGAAACCUCGUAGGUUUAAUUUUCACUAGUUUGGUUGUCUGUUCUAUUUUUGUGUUGGAUCUACCAGAGGCUUGACCCUGGGGCAGCUAUGAAGACCUGAGACAUCGCCUCCCUUCGCAGAGACUUGCCUGACCCCACGGCGGUCUUCGUGGGGGAGGGGUUUCACCACCAUCCACCGAUGUUGACAUUGCACUAUCGCUUUCAUUGCUUAUGUUACCACAUACACACAAACGCCCUUUAAAAUGUCAAGGAUAUACACCCAGAAUCCCGUUCAAUCAUCUCUUUCUGUUCCCCGUUGAGCUAAAGCCCUGACGUCAGUUUCUCCAGACCAGACUAGCCGCCGUUCGCCUCUUUUCUGAAAAACUCACUUUUUUUGGACCACAGAGCGGUAUUUUUCUCUCAGUUUCGAUGUCUGGUGUGCUGGCUGGGCUUCAGGUCAACGAGAACGGUUUCAGCCGCUGUGGAAUACCUGUGUCGUACUGUUACCCACACAAGCCGUCGAUGGCACUGUGAUGCAAAGGUUUUCAUGCUUGUAGCUUUUUCUGAGGGUGCGACACAUCCCUCCCUCCUGGUUGAAUGUAAUUUAUAACAAAAUGAAAACAAAGAAAAAUCUAACUACAAUUCAUUUAGGCCCCUUUUGUCAUAUACCAAAUGGAAGAUGUAGCAAAGUUUUUUUUUUUUGACCUAGAGCAGAUUUGGUUUUUCUUUAUUUUCUGCCUGGUUAGAAAAGACAUUGAAUGCACUUUGACGUUUAGACUGUGUUGGAUGAUGUUGAGGUUCGGCCUAGCUGCAUUCCAUCGCUUUCUAUUAUCUUUUUUAGUUUCAUGCUCUUUUAUCACUACUGUUUUUGCAAUGUGGUUGCAAUAGUAAGGAAGCGAGAGGACAAGAAACUUUUCAAACCAGGUUCUCUCGUUCUGCUGUGCCGUUUUAUCUUUUCAAAUGACUGAUAUUCACACAAUUCAGACUGUGAGAUGUGGUUUUAGUUUUUUGGACUCGAAUGUCAUGUUUAUAAGGCCAGUAACCUGCAGAAAAAGACUGUGUAAACUAUUCUAAGAUGGUUUGAUGGUCUCAUGAUAAUGAUAUUCAAUAUAUUCUACAUUAGUUUUUUUAAAGAUGUUCAAAAUGGGCCAACACCUCCAUCCAACAGACCAGACUGCGAGACCUUCAAACCAGUUUAGGCCAGUUCAUGCUGUUUUUUUAUCAACAGGGCUCAUCAUGGAUAAUGUAGAGCCGUUUAUGCAAUGGGAAAGCUGGUCAAGAUGUCUCUCCAUCAGAAAAAAAGCAAAUACAGAAACCUGGUUUACGGGACCAGUGUUUCCCAUCGCAUUGUUUUCAAAUCCGAAGUCGGCUUGGCAGACGUGAACACCUCACUUGCACUCGGUAAAACUAACGGCAUGCACUUUUCAGCCAGACUAACUAGCCAAGGGUCACCGGUGUGAUUUUCUUAAGUUGGAGUGCGCGGUCAAACAUAUCAACUCCCUCCCUAGGCUGGACGUAGGAGGGGGCUGGACCCUCAAACCAGGGCAGCUACAAUCCUCUCCGGUCCCCCCUCACAGUCCGGAGGAGAAUCUAGCCAGCACACAUACCGAGCGCACUCCAAACCCACUGAGCCUUACAGGCAGGGCAGGGUCAAACAGGAAGAGACACAAAUUAGCCAAACAGGACAAGAUCGGGCCGGUGUUCCUGGUUUUGUCCAGCAACAAAUGGCAUUUGGUUCGGGAAAUGCUAGCGGAUUUGUGCUUGAAUCUGUUUACAUUCGCUGAAAUGAGCGUUGGCGUGAGUGGGCGGGUGUAAAGGCUUUGUAUGUGUAAGGGACCGUCUUGCCUUACCCCUUGGGAUGCCAAGAUAGGGUGCUGAUGAUUAGUCCUGUAUGUGUGCUAAUACAUUUGACCUCAGAGGAUCAUGGGUAACAUAGCCAGGUUGACGAUGCACUGCCGUUCCUUGUUUUUCCCAUAAGCUAUUUGAGACAGGAGAGCCCAUCUAACAAACUGAAACCACAGCGCACACACUUCCUAAAUCCAAAUUCACGUUUUAAACAUGGGUCGAUGUUUGAUAAAACCCGGAUGUCCAACUCCUCUGAAUGCUUUCUUUAUCCCUGACAGGUAUCCCCGCUUUCUAUUAUUUAACAUUAAAGCUUGUUAACUACGAUCUGGUGAUCUUAACCAAAUUCGAACAGACAAUUUGAGUGCUUUUAGAUCUACAAUUUUUAAGAAUCGACUUGACCCUCGACACCACCUCCACCGAAAUGACAGAUUUCGCUCACUCCUCGUGUUUGUUCAGUAAGCCUUUGCACACACGUUUUAGUAUCGUCAAGUUUAAAUUAAAAUGUACUUGGAGGCAAGAGCACACGAAAUGCACUAAUAGGUUAUCAUUGAAGUUAUGUGACUUUUGAGUCUCUAUUGGAAUGUAUUGCCAAGCUCAGGCCACAGACAUUCAUUAUUAGACCAUUAUGGAUGUGCUGGAUAAGAUGUGAAAUAUAGAAGGGAAUUGAAAUUGGGUUCAGAUCUUUGUCGGUCAUUUCAGAAGUUAUUAGACUUGUCGCCACUUUCGCAUUGGAAGUGGUUCCACAUUUGUAGAAUGUAUCGUUAUUGUACGACAUAUGGUAGACUAAGUACAUGACCAUACAUAUGGGAAGUGCCAAUAUAUGAUAUUUUGCUGUGUGUAGACGUGUUCCUUUUUGUAUUUCAUAUUUGAUCAUGAAUUCCUCUUUUCAUAAGUGAAGCCAUUCGUGUUAGGAGUGUUGGAGAGGACCAAAGUUGUUUGGUAAAAUAUAUACUGUAUAUAUAUAUCAGUUUCCAUGCUCUGUACUGAUAGACUUUCCUUGUUUUUUGUUUUCUUUUCUUUUUUAAUUAAAACAAGAAAUAAGAAAAUCUGAGCAACCCAAGAUAAUGCCGCCUGUAUCUUGUGAUUUUUUUUCCCCUGUCUGUACAUCUCUUGUGUUCUGUCUUCUCUUUCUUGGGUAUGUUGUGAUGAACUGCUGUAAAUUUGUACAGUUCAUGUAAAUUGAUUGUGCGGAAGUUGUACAGAUUUCUAUAUUUUGGAAGAAAAGUUUUUUUCUCUGUAAUAAAAGAUUUCCUAUCUUGGCAAUGUU